AAACAUUGAUCCCCCAAAUAGUUUUCUUCUUGUUGAUUUGCAGGUAAGGAAGCAGCUAAAGCCAUGACAGUGGCAGCAGGAAUUGGAUACGCUUUGUUAGCUCUUGGCCCUUCUCUCUCACUCUUCAUCGCUCUUAUCUCAAAGAAACCCUUCUUGAUUCUCACACUUCUUUCAAGUACAUUGGUAUGGCUUAUGAGUCUGAUAGUAAUGUCAGCGCUUUGGAGGGCAUUCCUUCCACUAAAAACAACAGCAUGGUGGCCGUAUGCUAUCCUCAUACUCACUUCUGUUGGUUUUCAAGAAGGACUUCGUAUUCUCUUCUGGAAAGUUUACAAGAAGCUGGAGGAUUUAUUGGAUGCGUUUGCUGACAGAGUCUCUAAACCUCGCCUCUUUAUGACAGACAAGAUGCAAAUUGCUCUUGCUGGGGGUUUGGGACAUGGUGUGGCUCAUGCUGUGUUUUUCUGCCUUGGCCUUUUGACACCUGCAUUUGGACCAGCGACAUACUAUGUAGAGAAAUGCUCAAAGAUACCCUUUUUUCUUGUUUCUGCUAUUAUAGCCCUUGCCUUUGCUACCAUCCACACUUUCUCCAUGGUUAUUGCAUUCAGUGGAUAUGAAGAAGGAAACAAAGUGGACCAGUGUUUCGCUCCUGUUGUUCACUUAAUUGCUGGCAUGUUGACACUGACGAAUCUUGCAUUUGGAGGCUGCAUGAUUGGCAUUCCACUCCUCUAUUGUGUAGCAAUCGUGACCUUGGUACAUUGCGGAAAGAUGGCAUGGAGGAGAUUGAUAGAAAGCCGAAACAGGGAGGGGAACUUCAGCAAUAGCCAAUAAGCAAGGAUAAUAACCUUUUUUGUAUUACUGAGAAGUGUAAGAUUAGUAAUUGCCAGAUAUAUCUAAUGCUUGGAGCAUUUGCCAAGGGUGACUCAAAGAAGAGACUAGUAAAUCUUUUGUUUUAGGCCUCCAAAAAUAUUUCAUAGUCAACUUUAUAUUGGCCAAAUAAAUAUUCGGGCCACUCAAACUUUACAUGAAUUUUCGUUGUAACACCUAACAUUUGCCUUGUACCUAUUGAACACCUAAUAUUACAAGAAUUUAUGUCUAUUCAAUAAUCGUA